GCGUCCACGCUGCCCACUCUCGCUUAUCGCUUCCCCUAUCCAAGCAUCCAACCCAGGAACUCACGGAAAACCCCCGAAAACCUCCGCCCGCCAUGGCGACCGCCGCCCAGGCCGCCGCCACUUUCAUUUCCUUUCUCUCAUCUUCCACCUACCACACCGCUCCCUCCUCUGCCGCCGUCUCCUUCCUGGUGAACCCUGCCCUGCCAGCCUCCCUCCGGGCCGCGGCCGCGGGGGCCCAAAUCCUCGCCUCCCGCUGCCGGGGCCGCCGCGUCGCCGCCGCCGUUGCUCAGCUCCCCACCAUGAACCCAGAGCUAGCUUCAGGGGAGAAGAAAUUCCGGUGGUCAUCAAGGGCGGUGCGGUCAUUUGCAAUGGCGGAGCUAGAGGCACGAAAGAUGAGGUACCCAACCACAGGCACGGAGGGGCUCCUUAUGGGAAUACUCGUUGAGGGAACUAGUGAUGCGGCAAAACUUCUGCGUGCUAAUGGAAUCACGUUGCUCACAGUGCGGGACGCAGCAGCGGAAGUACUUGGGAAGUCAGAAAUGUUUUACUUCAGUCCUAUGCAUCCACCAUUGACAGAAUCUGCACAACGAGCCCUUGACUGGGCUGUAAAUGAGAAAUUGAAAUCAGGUGAGGAUGGAGAGGUAACGGCCAAUCAUUUGCUCCUGGGGAUAUGGUCAGACAAAGAGUCAGCUGGUCAUAAGGUUCUGGCUUCCCUAGGUUUUGAUGAUGAGAAAGCUGCUUUGCUGGCCAAAACGGCUGGCGACGAGGCGACGAUGAGUCCUAGAUAGCAAAUCGAGCAACUAGUUUAUUAUUGAUCUUCUCUGAGGUUAACGCAUGCCCUUGGCAACCUCUAGGCAAUAGUUGGUGACUCCAGAACCGUGGACCCACAAGUAAACGAAGAGAUUGCUAAGAACUGUUAGGUCCAAUCCAAUGUGUGAAGUCCCAAUAUUGCCAAAUGGCCUAUCAUGUAAACGCCUGCAAUGUAUUUUCGAAACCAACACGUUGUUCCGCGCCCAGCUAGAUUUGUGGUCUGCCCUUCAACCCUUCUAAAUAUCCAUAUGCAGAGUAUUUGUUCAAUUUGCAUCCUGACAAACAUUAAGCAUUUUCUGGAAAGUGACUGCUGUUCGUGUCAGUGUGAAAGGUUGAUUGAGUGGGACAUGUAUGGAAAUAUUUCUUAGAUGUAUCAUGAUUUGAUGCUUGGCCAGAAUUUGGGCCUGAAA